AUGGUAAGUUCUGUAAAGUUUUAAGGUUCUUAAUGUAAAUUUGAUUAAAAAAUUGUUUCAUAUUCAUGUAUAGGUUUACUUCAUUGUUUUUUUUUUAUUUUUAGUGGGACUCCGAAGACCUGGAGACGUUUUGGAACCAUGAAGAAGCUCUGCAUAAAUGGCAAGACAUCUUUGUCAACGCUUUCACAGUCGCUCACAAGUAUUAUCAACAACAUUCAGACAACUUCGAACUAGAAGAAUAUGGAGCUUUAGAACAACAAGACGUUGGGGUAGGUUUUACCGGAGAAGAAUACAGUCAAAUGAUAGCAUCUGGCGAAAUUGAGGUGGAGUUGGACGAUUUUAAUGACGACGAUUUGUUGCCAAACACAAGCCAAGAGAUUAAUGUAGAAGAUGAAGAAGAGAUGAGUCCAGAAAUGUUGGAGUACUUCAAAGUGACAUUGGAACACAGAGAGAAAAGUAAGCUUUUGUCUUCUGUUUGAUUUUUAGGUAUAUUUUUAAAAAAGGAGCAUUAUUUUCUAUUAGCUUGUAAAAAUCUAAAUUUUUUGUAUAUAAAUUAAUAGAAUAUUUGAAGGAGCCCGUGAAAAACUAGAGGAACAGUUGCGGAAACAGCAGAAUUACCUAGACGAAGAUGAGGAUGAAUAUAUUGAAGCAGACAAAAUAGGGAUUUAUGGCCCUAUACGCAAAUCGACUCAAGCUCCGAACUUGGUGGCUGAAGAAGAAGAAAGGAUUCAGAAGCUGAAGGAUACGUACGGAGGCAGCUGGGAGAAAGUGAACAAGAUGGAGAGUAAACUUAACUUUGAAUUCGAGAGCAAGAUCAAAGAGUUUGAUGCUUAUUUAUGGCCAAAUAUUGCUAUUCGCUUCUCUUAA